GCAGAUGUACCAUGCAUGAGUAAAAUCUAAAACCGUUACUGACAUGGCAGAUGCGUUACCCUUCUCCAAAUUUAAUACUAUAAAUCAGAGACUCGCUGUGACUCACUUUCACCUUCGAGUUUUGAAGGAGAGGUUCACCCGCCAAACUUGCUCAAUUUCGAAGACUCCAUUGAUUUACUGAUCAAGAAUUCGAGAGUCGGAGACAGUUCGUGGAGAUUUCUAGGGUUCCAACUAUACUUACGGGACGACUCCUGUUGUUAAUCGAAAGCCCUAGCGGUAGAAGCUCAAUUUCGAACAUCGAUGGGGCGUUCUCGUGGAGGUCACAAUUCUGCAGACGACGAUCCUACCCAAAGGUUCCCUUCCUCAUUAUGGCUGUUUUCACUCCACCAGGGCUUGAUUCUCUGCCUUCCUGGAGCAGGAAGCUGAUUUUGAUGGAGUUUCAUUUCCAAUUAAACUGUUUUAUUUGUUUAGUGAGAGCCAUCUUUGCUUGCAUGGCACGAAUUUUUGAGAAUUCCGUUUGAUUGAUCUUGAUUCAGACGAAUGUCUCUGUGAGUCUGCGUUAUAUGCGUGUGUUUUGAAAUUGUUACGUGAGUGGAAGUACAUGGUGUGGCAGUUCCGUUGGGAGGACUGCUCACUGGGUCUUGCGUUCAACUCAAUAUCAAAGAGAAAGAGGGCUCCUUCAAGUGGUGAAAAUUUAGAAUCUGCAGCUUCAGCUCAGGGAUCAAAUGAAGGGAAAAGGGCUUUAUACCACUGCAAUAAUUGCAAUAAAGAUAUUUCUGGGAAGAUUCGCAUCAAGUGUGUCAAAUGUCCUGAUUUUGACUUAUGUGUGGAGUGCUUUUCUGUUGGAUCUGAGGUUACACCUCACAGGAGCAAUCAUCCUUACAGGGUUAUGGACAAUUUGUCUUUCCCCCUUAUUUGUCCAGAUUGGAAUGCAGACGAGGAGAUACUGCUGCUAGAGGGGAUUGAGAUGUAUGGAAUGGGUAACUGGGCAGAAGUUGCGGAACAUGUUGGUACAAAGACCAAGGCACAGUGUAUUGAUCACUAUACAACAGUAUACGUAAAUUCUCCGUGCUUUCCUCUACCGGAUAUGUCUCAUGUUGUUGGGAAGAACAGAAAGGAACUUCUUGCUAUGGCUAAAGGGCAUGCUGAGGGAAGGAAAGGUUUUCCUGUCUUUGGGGAAAUUACACUGAAGGAAGACUCUACCUUCUCCCCUUCAAGAGUCAAGAUUGAAGAUAUGAGUAAAGAAGCUCCAACAGGUUCUCAAGUAGAUAGGAGUGUUGGAGGAAAGAAGCCUAAAUUUUUGAGUGAUGAAGGGCCUACUAUGACUGAGUUGAGUGGAUAUAACCCAAAGAGACAUGAGUUUGAUCCUGAAUAUGAUAAUGAUGCUGAACAAUCAUUGGCAGAGAUGGAAUUCAAAGAUACUGACACUGAAGCUGACCGUCAAUUGAAGCUGAGAGUGUUGCAUAUUUAUUCAAAAAGGCUUGAUGAGAGGAAACGUAGGAAAGAUUUCAUAUUGGAAAGAAAUCUACUUUAUCCUAAUCCUCUGGAGAAGGAACUUUCACUUGAGGAAAGGGAGAUGUAUGAGCGUUACAAGGUCUUCAUGCGUUUUCAUUCCAAGGAAAAACAUGAAGAGUUGAUUAGGACUAUUAUUGAAGAACAUCGAACUCAGAAACGAAUUCAAGAUCUCCAGGAAGCCCGUGCUGCAGGCUGCCAAACACCAUCUGAGGCUGAUAGAUUUAUUGAACAGAAAAGGAAGAAGGAAGCUGAAGAAAAUAACCGUAGGGUGAAGGAAAGCAGUCAGGUUGGUCCAGAUGGUAAAGUACUUCAAAGGAUAAGUCGCCCCAAAGGAGAAGCUGAUGGCAGCCCUCAGGGUGGUGUAAAUGGCUCCAUGGGUUUGGAUUCCGGUGGCAAAGAUUCAUCUUCAACAACUUUCAAACAAGCUAUCUCAUCCUCUCUGGAUGAUUGGGAUAUUACGGGGUAUCCUGGGACCGAUCUAUUAUCUGAAACUGAAAAAUGGCUUUGCCGAGAGAUGAAGUUACUCCCUCCUCAUUACCUUAAUAUGCAGCACAUAAUGUCAGUAGGGAUUUUAACUGGAAAUAUCACCGGGAAAUCUGAAGCACAUCGUUUCUUCAAGACCGAACCAAGCAAAGUGGAUAGAGUGUACGAUAUGCUUGUUAAAAAGGGCAUUGCUCAACCGUGAGGCUAAACUAAGCCAAACUCAUUAAUUUCUUUGGAUGUAAAGUUUGUAUAUUGGUUAAGUUAAUUUUUAAUCUUAUUUUGGCUUCUGCUAGUUAAACACAA